UCAAAAAGGGCGGGAACCGGUGUUGUUUUCACAGUCUUGCUGCUAAAAAAAUAUUUUAAAACUGCAACAAGAAAUUGUUUUGAGGAGAAGAAAGUGCAGGAAGCGAAGGAGGCUUGUACACCAGACUCUCGUCACGCCCGUGUUUGUUUGAAAGUUUUUAAGCAGUGAGAAAGCACAGCCCUUCUUUCUACCCUGUCCAUCAUGGGUUCUUCGGGAAGGUGGAUUAUCUGGACCUUGUGUGCGUGUUUUGCAGCUCGGCAGAAAACUGCUCUCAGGAUAAUCAUGAGGGAAUCCAGUCUGGAGGUGGUUCGAGGUGAUUCGGUUCUCCUGCCCUGCUCCUUUUUCACCUUCUCCGACUUCUCCAGCCUUAAUGUAAUCUGGACUCUGGCUCCUUUCUCCAGCCCAAAGACCCCAGUGCAGGUGAUAGUGUUUGACCACGGGCAGGUCAUUAAAAACCCCUCCCUCAUUGGCCGGGUGCAUUUUACAGGUCUUCCAUUCAGUGCAGACAUCAUAUUAAAUGACACACAAGUUUCCGACGGGGGAAUUUACCGCUGCAUGGUCAACAAUCCACCAGACACCGCAGAUCCCGACGUAGGAGAGCUGCUACUCAGUGUGUUGGAGCCACCAUCGCUGCCUGUGUGCGAGUGGGACGGAGCAAUUGACAUGGGAGGAAGCGUGAGGCUGUCCUGCUCGGUGGAAGAGGGUGUCCCCCCUCCAAAAAUCCGCUGGAAGAAAGUGACCCCUGAGGAAAUUUCACUUCCCAUCAACAUGGAGGUUCAGUGCCAUCAACGUGUCUCUUGUCUCUCAGGUGAGCUGUCAGGCUCAGUCCAGAUUGUCAACGUGUCGUCUCAGACAUCCGGCUUGUAUCGCUGCUCGGCCACCAAUGUCCUGGGAACAGAAAACUGUUACGUCAACUUGGCCAUUUACAACAAUGAGGCAGCUCCAGACAGUCCCUCAGGCUUGCUGCCGGGUGUGCUGAUCACGCUGGUGAUGAGUUUGGUGCUGCUGGCUCUGCUGGUGCUCGUCCUGUGGCUGCAUCGCACGGGGCAGGAUGGGAGGGGGACGAGGGGGGACAGGAAAUCAGAGGAAGAGGAGUGUUACAACGAGAUACGCUACACUCCGUCCCUGAUGAAACGCUCCUUUGUCUGAAGCCUCAGCAUCAGGUAUUAAAAUGAAGGACUUGUUCGUUUGUGCAUCUUUGCUUUUGCUCUUCUCAUAGCUGUACGGCAAGACAUAUUGUGAAAUAAACAACAUCUAAGUUCUGA